AAAAAUGGGACCCAUUGCCUCCCUGCGUGUGUGACGAUCAUUGGGACUUAAAAAAAAAAAAAAAAAAAAAUUUUUUUUUUAAAAAAAUUCAUAAAAAUUGGGUGCGUAUUAUACAUGGGUACAAGCUUUUUUCCAGCAUCAGCAUGGCAUUUUUAGGGGUGCGUACUAUACAUGGGGGCGCACUAUACACGGAAAAAAAACGGUAAGUCAUAAACCGACUAUGUAGGGAGCGAAAUGACUGUGUGCUCAUGAAAGCUGUUGAGGUAUUCAAAGCCCAAAUUAAGAAUGGCCCCACAUUUGUCUGCACUGUUUGCCACAGAGCAUUGUUUCCGAACCAAGUACGCGCUUGUCAACGUAGAUUUUAUGAGAAAAACAGACAUGUUGUUGCAAGUUGUCUCACGGGACAAUUUGUCCAUAUCUGUGAUGAUGAAUGUCAGGCCUCGUGCAGCGUACCAGCUGAAAGAAAACUGGAGUGGAUAUGUCACACUUGCUAUAGUCACCUCAAAGAUGGUAAAAUGCCUGCACUUGCUGUUGCGAACAAUCUCACACUCUCUGAUAUUCCAAAGGAACUUUGUGGAUUGAACAUACUGGAGAGACACCUCAUUUCCAAAUGCAUAUCAUUUGCCAAAAUUGUACCUCUUCCCAAAGGUCAACAACGAGCCAUUCGUGGAAAUGUGGUGUGCGUGCCAUCGGAAGUACAAGAGACGGUCAAUGUCUUGCCCAGACUAAAAAUACAGAGACAUAACCAUUCGCGACGAUGCGGACCUUUGCGACCCAACCCUCACUGACGAUGAGAGCAGCUCCGAUGAAGCGCAAAUGAGCGACAGUGAGUACAAUGAGGAAGCUCUGGAGGAGAUGUACAGAUUUGAAAGUGAUGCUCUGUGUGGGAUGAACAGUGACUCUCAACAUGACAACAGUGGUAACAAACAGCAACAAGAAAAUUCGGAAGACGGUGAUCAACCAAAUGGUGGAGUGAUACUUGAAUCAUGUCUCCAACCCAAUGAUGUGGCAGAGGAAAUUAUGAGUUUUACAGAGGGCAUUUAUUGUGUUGCUCCUGCAGAAAGAAACAACCCAGUAAGUUUUUUCAAGACUCCCAAGCUUGAGGCCAUGGCUUUUCCGGUGCAGUUUCCCACUGGUCAGAACACCCUCGAUGAAGAGAGAGCAAUAAAACUCACACCAAGCAAAUAUUUCCCAACCCGUCUGUGUUGCGUGGAUGAACGCUUUGCUCGAGAUACCAACUACUUGUUCUUUGCCCAGUUUGUGACUGAAAUUUACCAGGCAACGUCGAGCAUGACAAUACAGCUGCGCAAAGGUAAGCCUUUUACCAGGGAUGGUCGAAGGAUAAACAAUGCCAUGCUUCAGGACAAACGUGAAGUUGAGAAACUGGUGCGCAGCAAAGAUGCUGUCCGAUUCAUGACACCGCUGAGAGGUACGCCGGCCUAUUGGGAGAAAACCACCAAAGAUCUUUUUGCUAUGAUCCGGCAGCUGGGCACACCCACGUUCUUUUGCACAUUUUCUGCUGCCGAAAUGCGUUGGGAAGAGGUCAUCACCGCCAUCAAAGCGCAACAAGGUGAAGUAGUGAAUUUCGCCCAACUUGACUGGGCUACCAACAAGUGUGAGAUCCUACGCAGCAAUCCUGUGACGACGAUGCGCAUGUUUGACAAGCGUGUGGAAGCUCUGUUCAGAGAUUUGAUCCUCUCUCCGGCGCAACCGAUUGGUGAGGUCGUCGACUACUUUUACCGACUGGAGUUUCAACACAGAGGAAGUCCUCACAUUCAUUGUUUCAUAUGGGUUUGAGGUGCCCCUGUAUUUGAGGAAGCCACGGAUGGAGCCAUCUGUCAUUUUGUGUCUCGCUACAUCUCGGCCGAGCUGCCGGACCCGCAGAAGGAACCGGAAUUGUACAAAAAGGUCACAGAGGUUCAGAUGCACAGCAAAAGUCACUCCAAAUCGUGCGUCAAACACCAAGGUGCAAAUUGCCGCUUUGGAUUCCCCAAACAACCGUGCGAUGAAACAAUGAUCGUCAGACCUGCGCCCGUCGACGACGACAAUCGAGAUCAACGCAAUGAAGAUCGGUUGGCGUCGAAUGCCAAGCUUGUUCCCGUGCUAAAUCUGCUGAAUGAGCCUGAAACGGCAUCCCUGACUUUGCCUCAGCUACUGGCUAAAUGUAAGCUCACCGGUGACGAGUACAUGAACUGUUUGCGCAUGACGGCCUCGUCGAGUUCUGUCGUGCUUAAGCGAGAACCGAAAGACUGCUGGGUCAACAACUACAACCGCCAUUUGCUUCUUACCUGGGAUGGAAACCUGGACAUCCAAUACAUCCUGAAUGCCUACUCUUGCAUCGCAUACAUCUGCAGCUACAUCAGCAAGGCUGAACACGGUCUGAGCCAAUACCUGAAAUCGGUCAUUGAAAACUCCCGCUGCGCAA